AUGACAGAAAACCCAAGUUCUUUACAACUAGAUGACAAUAUCUUGGAGGCACUCGUACACACACUUGCCAAUGAUCGUAGGAUUCGUGUAUCUGCAUGUCUUCCACAAAUUCUCAAUGAUGUUGCAAAUUCUCAGUCGGAUGUCGUUUCGUCACGCCGCGGAGAGCGAAAAGGACGGUGGGAACACGCCAGAGCAACUGCAUUGGCGGAAAUGUUGCAGCGCAUAUUAAAGAAUAAUACACGAGCCGAAGAGUGGUGUCAUGUAGAAGGUGAAUGGAAUACAUUUAUGCGGGAUUUGGACUCUGGACGGAGGCAAAACAGCGGAGAACAAAGGGCACUGAAAGCACUUGUUGAACCUGCUAUAGAGGCAUUAUCGCCACUUUUAACAUUUCUUCCUUGUAGUGAAAAAGUUGUAGAGGAGAAAUUGCAAUGGGCUCGAGGGUUCUAUGCACGGGCGGUUUUUUCUCUCUUGCGAGUUCAUCUCCACGGUGUUGCGGAAACCGAGUUCAUUAUAUGGCUCCGCCGUUAUGAGUGGAACGUGGAACUUUCUACAUUACUACAGCCUUUUAUGAAGAGUGAGGUGGAACCCCUAGAGAAGGAGUUGGCAUUUCAUUUCCAAGAUGGGAAAAAAACUGCCCGGCGUGACCAACCUCAACAUUUUUUUUCCUUUCUCCUGCAGAUGUAUGAACAAUAUACCAUGAACACUUCCACUCAUGGCUGGACAUUAGUAACUACAAUGGGUCAUGAUGUCUUGAAUUUAGUGGCGCUUGGUAGUGUGAGACUUGCGUCAACUGCUGCAAGUGUAUUUUGUAAUGCGUAUGACUGGUUUGAGGGAUCUGCCUUUUUAGCAGAGAAGGACUUCACUGUUCAUGUUGUAAAUUCUUUUAUUGAUUUUUUGAGUAGGGCAGAGGGUCGUAUUCACAAAAGUUCACAAUUGCUCUUGGCGGAUAUUAUUUUAUUCCCUACUGCAUUUCACAUCUUUCUUGACUCUGCACGAGUUACAGCUGAGAAAUCAUUUGCUACAGGUUCACGUGUUCUCUGGCGGUUGGAGUUCCUAGCAGUAGAGACUCCAGAUGCAUUUAACACCUAUUGUGGCACACAUCACAUGUUGAGAUGUUUGGAGGCGAUUGUUCGACGACUUUCUGUAGUUUUCACACUUCUUCCCUCCUACGCUGUGAGUCUCUGGGAGCGUACUAUUAUUCCAUCUCUUUCCUCCUUUCUCUGCAUGCUUGAUAGUGCGGUGGUUGUUGAUACCGCGAUGCCACUUGGCGGUAUUCUUCUCUCUGUGGAGCUGCUGAACUGUGUGCACGUCAUGCAUGCUGUGGCGGAGGAGUGGGUGGAGCGGCUGCGGGAUGUCGCCGCGGCUGCCGCAACACUCGAGCACAUCACACAGUGGGAAGGGGAACACACACACCGCACCUCACACCGCAUUACGGCGUGGAUCACACAACAGAUGCGUGGCCCACACCGCACGGUGGGUGAUGUGCACACACUCAACACACUACUGCACACACUCGCGCAGGGGAGAACCACCGCCCACGCUAUGGUCUCUGAAGAGGUGAAACAAUGUCUAGCGCGACUCACAACGGAGGAGGAGCGACGGCAAUUGCGUGAGUACUGCACUGCUGUGGGGAUGGAGUCUGUCGCCGCCGUAUUGCUGCAAAUCACAGCGUAA